AUGGAUGAAACUUCAGUAUAUUUUGAUAUGUCAAGAGGAUUAACUAUCAGCCAAAAAGGUGAAAAAACAGUACAUAUUAAGUGUACUGAUGGAUCAAAAUUGAAGCCAAUAUGUAUUUUUAAAGGAAAAAAAUUACCACAAGGUCAAACAAUUCCUGAUGGAGUUGUAGUUUGUAGAACUACUACUCGAAAUUCAACUUUUGUAAUUUCAAAAUAUCAAGGGAAAAUAGAUAAUAGUGUAAUAAAAUACGGCGUAGCAUUAUAUGCAACUGAAGCUGCAGAACAUAAUAAUGUAAAAUUACCGACACCAGGAAAAAAUGAAAGAGACAAUCCAAAAAUUUCAAAUUUAGUAGAACAAAUUGCAUCAUUAUCUUUAAUCGAAACAUCAGAACUUGUCAAAUCAUUAAAAAUAAAGUUGAACAUUCAAGACGUUGCAUUACCUGCAGUAAAUUUUGCUUCAAUGGCAACAGCUGCACCUACAGAUGCAACAUCUACACCUGAAGAAAAGGCUCCCGAGAAAGCAGAAUUCACAUUAAAAUUAGAAAAAUUUGAUCCUGCUUCUAAAACAAAGAUAAUUCGUGAAAUCAAAAAUAUUAUACCUGGAACAAACCUUGUAGAGGCAAAAAAAUUUGUAGAAAGUGUUCCCAAGGUCAUUAAAGAAAAUGUGAAUAAAGAAGAGGCAGAAAAAAUUAAAAAGACGUUAGAGGGGCUUGGUGCAACUGUUUUAAUGGAAUAA